AUGACUUCACGAAUUACACCGGAUGCCCUUCGAAAGAUUUCCAGUGAUUAUAUACUGGAAAAGUUUCGUCAGCAAUCUGAGUUGAAAGACGAUCAUUUGAUCGGAAUGGGUCAAUUCCUCGAUGAAAAUGCUGAAAUCGAUUUGAUUCGUGUUUUGUUUAAUAAUUCCAAUAAUUUGCUGAGAAUGUACGGAUCACCGGAAGAGCAUAUGAAAAAUGUUCGAGUUUUCAGAAAUUUCACGAUGAGUUACAAGUAUUUCGGGACAAAACCAACGAUUCCGCUCUAUACGACUCUAUUGAUGUAUAAAAGUGUCAAAAACGAUAUCUACAUGGCGAAACCCGAUUUCUUCGUAAUUUUGGAGUAUAUUGCAUUGGAUAAGCACCCGUUUUUGCCAUACCUGGCCGAGAAUCUCUCGGUCUACAAUGCAUUCGUGGCUCUUUUCAUCAAAACGAAGAUCGAGAUAGUGAGUAAAACGCUGGAAUUCGCUCGUUUCGAUGGAUCUGCGGUCGAAGAGAUUAAACGUGAAUUUUUGGCUGUUAAUGAGUUCUGUGAUCCAGAGUCACCGAAAUUCUCCCCGAACAAUAUCCCGAAGAAGAUUACGAGUGGAAGCAUCCCAGAAUUCUACAAAAAAGCCAAAGAACUCCUCCCGGGAGUCACCGAAGUAGGAUGUGGUUCCGAUACGCUUUUUCAUCGUCUAAAAUUUGUGUAUUCCGGUAUCCCUGAUGCCCUCCGUGCCGACUUAUUCAAUGCUCUUUUAUUCGUUUUCGAAACACUUGUCAAAUGUUUGAAUGAUAUCAUCAAGAAGCACUCGGAAUUGUUCCUUCCGGCAGAUAUGACUAAAUCCCCGAUCGUCGUGAGAUUAUUUUAUGGAGGAGAAUCGAAAUUCGUAAUGAAAUCAGAAUUUCUGAAGGCAAUUGAUUCGAAUUCGAAUUAUAUGGAAAGAGUUGAUUAUGGCUAUGAGACCAUUGAUAUGAAGGAGGUGUUUGAGAAAUAUAAGGAUCAUAUUGAUCGAAUUGAGUUCAUCCCCACUCCGAUUCUCCGUACAAAACACAAGGCAGUACCGGUUCGAUUGGUGGAGAAUGAAGAGUUCUGUGUGCUCGCAGUGGAUGCUUUGUUUGAAUUACUCAGAGAAAUCAUUUUCGGAAUCAAGUUGUUCCAAUACGUCGAGGAAUGGCCAUUAUCUCUUUUUCAGCAAAUUCAUUCGGUUUUCGAUUCGAACUUGAACAAUCAAUAUUUAAUCAAUCUCCGUGUUUUCAAUGAUCUCAAAAAAUCAAUAAACGCCGCCUACUCCUCCUCGCUGUCUCCACCACCAAAAGAUGUUCGAAAUGCGAAAAAGAUGGAUUCACUAUCCAAAAUCUCAAGAAUGAGUUGA